GCACUUGGCGCCGUUGGCGGCUAUUGUAGUGUGUUCGGGGGCGCAGACGGAAGAGGCAAUCACGAUGACUGGCCUGCCGUUUUUUCCCGAUCGGGAAUGUCCGUCAGCACCGGGAUCGGGAUCGGGAACGCCAACCACCGUGCUCGGGAAGAUCUUCUUCUUCCUGCUUCGCGCGGGAGCAGCUAUGGUGGCAGCGUCGGCGACAACGAUAACGAUAACGACGACGGCGAUGGUGAUGUUGCUUAGUACUACCGCGAUCCCAGCCAUCAUCCUCCGUCGGAUUUUUCUGAGUAACACGACAGGCACGUCGCCAUCGCCAGAAACGAUCUCGCCUCCUUCCUCGAGCCGCCGGGCCAAGUCCUCAGAUUCGGGAUCUGACGAGCCUGAAUCUGGUCCACGCUGCCGUCCAGGUACCAGUACCAGUCGCGCUGCCGGUCCACCGACCUGGUCCAGCAGCAGGAGCAGCAGCACCAGCAGCGGCAGCAGCAGCAAUCACCUACAUGUACCUGGUCCAAAUAGCAGGAUCAAUCCAUCUGCUGGUCCAGGAAGCAGUUCAGAUUCUUCCGCAGCUGGUCCAGACACCAGUCCCCUCCCUGAGGAGCGCGGCUCCACCCUCACUAGCUCCUCCUCCUCCUCCUCCUCCGCCGCCGCCGCCGCCGCCGCCGCCUCCUCCUCCUCCUCCUCCUCCUCCUCCUUCUCCUGCUUUCUGAAGGAUCAUCGCUUGACUGACCUCUUCAUGUGGCGAGGGAGAGGAGGAGGGACUUCCGUUGGCGAGUCAGCAGACUCAGCAGAGUCAGCACCUUGCCUAUCCGGCCGCUCUCUCCCUUUGGUCCCCCCUGGCAAUCUCGGCCUUCCUUUCAUCGGCGAGACUCUGCGCUUCUUCUACGAGAAUUGGAAAGCGGGGAGUCGGGAUGCCUUCGUCUUCAGCCGCGUGGCCAAGCACGGAGGCGUGUACCGGACUCAUCUGUUUGGGUCAGAGAUGAUCGGCGUGAGCUCACCGGCGGCAGUGAAACUGGUCCUGACGCACGAGGACGAUCUGUUCCGCGUGCAAUGGCCCAGGUCCACAAGGCGGCUGCUGGGACGAGAAGCAGUGUCUAUGAUCACCGGGGCGCGCCAUCGACGGCUGAGGAAAGUUCUGGGUAAAGCCCUGUCUCCUGAAUGCCUCAGGCAGUAUGUGCCUCGGAUGGACCGGGUCGCUAGCGAUGUAGUGGACAGCUGGCUGGAUCGUGAUCGGGAUGGGGAUAGGAAUCAGGCCAGCAGUCGAGAUGAGAACGGAAGAGGAGGAGGAGGAGGAGGAGGAGGGGAGGGAAGAAGGAGGAAGGGGGGAGGGGAGGCGGCGGGAGAAGAUCCUACUACCGGUCGCGCGAUGUCGGCUGUCGCCGCCUUCGAGGAGAUCAAGAGAUAUGCUUUCACUCUGGCAUGCGACGUGUUCGUUAGUGUAAGGCCGGGACCAAGACUCGAUCGCCUGAGCGGACUGUUUGAGCGCUGGCUCGUUGGACUCUUCUCUCUUCCACUUGCUCUUCCUGUCACAGCGUUUGGUCGGAGCCUGAAAGCAAGGGAGGAGCUCCUCAAGGAACUACAACAGAUCCUGAGCGAGAGAAGAACCACGGCCGCACUACUCCUACCUCCUUCUCCUCCUCCUCCUCCUUCCUCUUCUUCCUCCUCUUCUUCUUCUGAUUAUUCUUCUUCUUCUUCCUCCUCAACUUCUUCUUCUUCUUCUUCUUCGGGCUCAAAUGAAAGGGGUAGAAACGUUGGCGCUAGUACGAAAGGGCUUGUUAGCACGAGUUCUAGUCCUGCGGAAGGAGGAAGAGAGGGAGGAGGUGUUGGAGUCUCGUCGUCGUCCGUGUCGAUGAUGGAGGGAAGCUGUGACAGUCUAGACCUUAAAUCUCAUACGGUAAAGAAGAACCAUGGAUCUCGAGAUGCAAAAGGAAAAGGAGAGGGAGGGGGAGACUCGGGAGAGGGAGGGGGAGACUCGGGAGAGGGAGGAGGACAGGAAGGAACUGGAAGGAGAAUGGGAGAUGGAGAAGAAGUGAGAGGAGGAGGAGAAGUAGGACGAGGAGGAGGAGGAGGUGAACUUCGGGGACAAGGAGAACGCAAAGCAUACAGGGAAUCCCAGGAGAGAGAAAGUGCAUCACCUCCCUCUCGGACUCCUCUCCCUUUUGAUCUGCUUACGGGAUUGAUAGAACUGGAAGAGGAGAUGGCUUGUAGUACCAUCAAGCAGGCGGGCAUUAAAUCACCUUCGUUGUCCAAGAUGGACGAGAGAGAAGACAGGAGGAGAGAUACUGGAGGCGGAGGAGAAGGAGGUGGUGGAUCCGAGGAAAACUCGAAGACCAGAGAUGACGUAAUAUUGGACACAAUUUUAACUCUGCUCUUUGCAGGCCACGACACAAGCGCUAUCCUGAUCACGUGGCUAGUCAAGUGCUUGCCGGCUCAUCCUGAAGUCUUGAGCAAGCUUCGCGAAGAGCACGACGCCAUAGCCAAGCAAAUGGGUCCUGAUGGGACGCUGACCUUCCAAAUGAUCACCAAGGACAUGAGCUACACAGAUAAAGUCAUCAAUGAAGGUCUAAGGUCCAAUUCGCCUGUCCCUGCGGCAUUUAGAAAGGCCUUGAAAGAUGUUGAAGUCGAUGGCUAUCGCAUCCCCAAAGACUCUAUGGUGAUGGUGUCGUUCAGUCCGAAUGCUUUUAACAGUGACGUCUUCAAAAAUCCUCAUUCUUUCGACCCCUCUAAUUUCGACCAACCCCCCCCCCCUUUCGCUUUCACACCCUGGGGAGGGGGUCAGAGGAUUUGUCCGGGUAACGAGUUUGCCAAGCUAGAGACGAAAAUUUUCCUUCAUCAUCUAGUCAGGAAAUGCAAUUGGUUUCCCGUGGACCCGAACGAGCCGUUGGACCUUGUCCAUCCUAUGCCAAGGCCAUCUCGAGGGCUCCCUAUUCUCGUCUCCAAAAGAGUAGUCUGCGAUGAGAGUCAAUAACUCAAAUUCAAAAUGUAAAAUAAUUUCGUAAUUUUUACAUUUCUUUUUUUUUCCAUUAUGUAAAGACAAGCGGAUUAAAUAUUUUUUUUCUCAUUAUUUUUCUUAUUAUUAUUAUUUAACAUUUCAAGGAGUCUUUCCAUUACAAGCUGGGAAUUGGGCCCGGCCUCCCUCACAUGAACAUAGCUAUGGCCCACAGGGAUAAGCCUGGCUCACCGGCCAGGCAUAGUAACCCCAACCAUAGCAAAAAUCUCACCCACGUUGCGGGAUUGCUUUAUAAUUAUUAAUUUCUACUCGCUGAGGGAAAAAUAGACGAGGAGUAUGACAUGAGAGAAUUGGAGAUUUUUUGAGAUGGGGAAAACCCGGAAAAGGGACCAAAAAAAAAAAAAAAUCACCAAAGGGUGCUUCUAUCUGGAUAAAAAAAAUUGACAUGA